UCCCUCCGCCUCCUCUUCCUCCUCCGCCGCCCGCGACCGCCGCCCGCCGCCGCCCGCGCUCGCCGGAGACACACCCGCAAAACCAACGCACCUUCCAUCUCUCUCUCUCUCUCUCUCUCUCUCUCUACCCGUCUUUCUCAUCGGAAUCGGAUCGGCGCCGAUCGACCGACCAUGCGGGGCCGCGACCGGAUCAACAGCUGCCUGCCGGACGAGCUGAUGGUGGAGAUCUUCCAGCGGCUGGGCUCGAAGUCGGCCCACGACGCCUGCUCCCUCGUCUGCAAGCGGUGGCUCGGCCUCGAGCGGCUCACCCGCGCCACCCUCCGCGUCGGCGCCUCCAGCACCUCCGACCGCUUCUUCAAGCUCCUCGCCGCCCGCUUCACCAACGUGAGGAACGUCCACGUCGACGAGCGCCUCUCCAUCUCCCUCCCGGCUCGCCUCGGAAGAAGGCGUCGCAAUGAUCAGUUCGCAGACCCGGCACUUUUAUUUCUUCGGAUGCAUGAGGAAACUGAGAGAAAGAGUGUUGCAGACGUAUCUGAGUCUUCCUCAUUAUCAGAUGAUGGAUUGGCUGUUCUUGGUGAAGGUUUUCCAAAGAUGGAGAAGUUAAGCUUGAUCUGGUGCUCCAACAUCUCAAGUGUGGGGUUAAGAUCACUUGCAGAGAGGUGUAUGUUCUUGAAAUCUUUGGACUUGCAGGGUUGCUAUGUUGGAGAUCAAGGCUUAGCAGCUGUUGGAGAGUGUUGCAAGCAACUUGAAGAGUUGAAUUUGCGGUUUUGUGAGGGCUUGACUGACAAGGGGUUGGUUCAAUUAACCGCUGGGUGUGGGAGAUCACUGAAAUCUCUUGGAAUUGCUGCCUGUGCAAAAAUGACUGAUGCUUCUCUAGAAGCAGUCGGCUCUCACUGUCAAUAUCUUGAGACGUUGUCACUGGAUUCAGAGUUCAUGCAUGAUAUUGGGCUUCUCUCUGUGGCCAGAGGAUGUCAUUAUUUGAAGGUCUUGAAGCUUCAUUGUGCAAAUGUUACAGAUGAAACCCUGAGGACUGUAGGCAGGUGCUGUUUGUCAUUGGAGGAGCUAGCUCUACACAGUUUCCAGAGAUUCACUGAUGUGGGUUUACACUCAGUUGGGAAUGGGUGUAAAAGUUUGAAGAGUCUAACUCUGACUGACUGCAAUUUCCUCACCGACAAUGGUUUGGGAAAAGUUGCAACUGGUUGCAAACAGCUUACUCAUCUGGAAGUGAAUGGUUGCCAUGGCAUUGGGACUCUUGGACUGGAGUCAGUGGGGAAGUCUUGCCCGAAUCUCACUGAGUUGGCUUUGUUAUACUGCCAAAGAAUUGGUGGCCGUGCACUUCUUGAAAUUGGUAGGGGCUGUAAAUUUUUGCAAGCUCUUCACUUGGUCGAUUGCUCCAUUAUAGGGGAUGACGCAAUUAUUAGUAUAGCCAAAGGCUGCAAAAAUCUGAGGAGACUUCAUAUUCGUCGAUGCUAUGAGAUUGGUGACAAGGCAAUUGUUGCUAUUGGUCGGCAUUGCAAGUCUCUGAAAGAUCUGAGCAUUCGUUUUUGUGAUAGAGUUGGUGAUAGGGCCCUAAUAGCUAUUGGAAAGGGCUGCAGCUUAACCGAUUUGAAUGUCAGUGGCUGUCAUCAGAUUGGUGAUCCUGGAAUUAUAGCCAUUGCAAGAGGUUGCCCUCAGCUCCGUUCCCUUGAUGUCAGUGUCCUUCAGAGAUUGGGGGACAUCGCAUUGGCUAAGCUAGGAGAAGGGUGUCCCUUGCUCAGAGAGAUAAUCAUUUCUCACUGCCGCUACAUUACAGACGCCGGUCUGUCCCAUCUGGUCAGAAACUGCAGCAUGCUAGAAACGUGCCACAUGGUGUACUGCCAUGGCAUAACCUCGGCCGGGGUGGCGACCGUGAUUUCCAGCUGCCCCAACAUCAAGAAGGUCCUGGUCGAGAAGUCCAAGGUCAGCGAGAGGACCAGGCGCAGGGCGGGGUCGGUGAUCACCUACCUGUGCGUGGACCUUUAGAAAGAGAAGGGGUUCUGUACUUAGAAAGUUUAGAUGCUUUCUUUAAUUUAAAUCUUUCUUUUUAUCCAGAGUUUCCAGGGACAUGUAUUUUCUGGCUGUGAACUCUGUCGAUACUUUCAUUCAGGUGCCAUAGCUUUCUAAGUUUUCAAGUUAACCUGAGUGGAGGAAAACAUAAAGGUUACUUUUUGUUUUUUUUCAAAUGUCUGUUUGCAUGUAAGACUGAAUAGAUUUGUAACAUUUGUUGCAUGCAGUUUCCAAUAAGGUGGAGUCUUGUGAAUUUCAAUGAAGAAAAGAGCAAGAGACGAUUCUUCUUUUA